AUGGAGACAGGCUCCCUGGUGCGAGCUGUCUUUGAUUUCUGCCCCAGCGUAUCUGAGGAGCUACCACUGUUUGUGGGGGACAUCAUUGAAGUGCUGGCAGUCAUAGAUGAGUUCUGGCUCUUUGGGAAGAAGGAAGGAGUCACAGGCCAGUUCCCCAGCAGCUUUGUAGAACCCGUGGAUGUUCCUGUUAUGAAGCAAGGAGAGAAGCUAUUUGUUUGUAUCAGCAACUUUACUUCCCAAGAGCCUGGCAGCUUGGCCCUGCAGAGAGGAGACCUGGUGAUUUUGGAUGAUUCUAUAGCAUCUCCUUGGCUGAAAGGCCGGAGCAGCUGGGGCACCAGCGGCUUCUUCCCAUCAUCCUGUGUUCGAGAACUCAGCCUCUCAGGUUUUGGAUCCCGAUUCCUACAUGGCGCAACCCUGGAAAUGCCAUCCUAUGCUCUGGGUCAGGCCCGAGCACUGAUGAGCCUUUCAGCCCAGAUGGAGGAGGAACUUGAUUUCCGAGAAGGGGAUGUGAUUAUCAUUGUUGGAAUUCCAGAACCUGGAUGGUUUGAAGGGGAGAUUCAAGGUCGCCGUGGCAUCUUCCCAGAGGGAUUUGUGGAGCUUUUGGGUCCCCUAAAAACCAAAAAUAACCCAGAUGACCCAACUUCAUCAGAGAUUCCAAAAAUAAAUGGAACAAAGGACACAUAUCCCCAGGAAGAGGAGAAGUUGUGGAGGGAUGAAGUAGCAUUGCCAGGACCUUAUGGGAUUGCCCUCUAUCGGUUCCAAGCCCUGGAAUCGACAGAACUAGACUUUGAGGUGGGGGAACGGAUCCGGAUUCUGGGAGUUCUGGAAGAUGGCUGGCUAGAGGGAGAACUUCGAGGAAGACGUGGCAUCUUUCCUCACCGGUUUGUGAGGUUGGAGGAGAACUACCUACAGCAAUGGAAAUCUGGAUAUUUGCCAAAGGGGGUGGAUUCUGUUAUAGCCAGUCUUCACAAAGCAGGUUCCCCUGGCAUGUCAGAGGAGCCUGGAUGGAGUUCAGACCAUACUGAGGAAAAGACGUAUCAAAUUCCUUUGGAUUCUUUGGACUCUGAAAUAAAACAGAACCAAAUACCAAAUCACCAGAAGGAAGGCUGCCUUGGCUCUGUUCCUUUAGACGUGUCAGGCACUUCUUCCCUAGAUUCUGAUAAAACUGUAAAUGGAGUUUCUUCCAUACCUCAUUCUCCACUUCAGGUAAAAACCCAACACUAUGACCAUUUGCAUAAAUCAGAGCCCAUUCAAACCCCCAACACUUCAUGGGACCAUUUGAAGGGCUGCAAGCACUUAGAGCAGGAUGGAGAGGCUCAUAGUCUGAUCCGCCACAACACUCUUUGUGAGGACUUAGUUGUUUGCAUGGAUGGUCAGCAGCAGAAUCCUAAAUCUCAUUCUUCCGGCUUCAGUGGAACAACUCAGGAGAGCUUGGACAUUUGGCCUACCUGGCAAGGGACUCAGAAUGAACUCCCUCAAGGUGUGGCCCAUGGGGAAAUCUGUGGGGACCUUGAUUCAAAACUGACAGAGCAGUUGGCUCAGUUUGAACAGAGCCUGACAAAUCCCAUAGGCCACGGUGGAUGCGAUACUUUUGAGCAGGAUAAUGUUGCUCGGCAUUUUUCCAUUCUGGAUUUCAAUUGUGAGAGAGAUAUUGUGUGUGGUACUGUAGAGAAUACUUCACAGAGAAGAAAGGUGCUACGGCCGCCCCCUCCUCGACCUGGGGUCCCUGUCUCUGCCUCACCACAUGUGCCAGUAAGGCUCAGCCCCAGCAACCCCCCUUUCUCUCAGAGUAGUCCACCUUCUAUGCGGCCCUCCAGGCCAGCACCACUUCCACCUCCAGGGAGCCAAAGGAAAAGCCCAGCCACAGUUAAGCAGCAGCUGUGGAGCAGAGAGAGACAAGGGAACACUGUUGAGUCUGGAAGGACAUCUCCAUGUCCUUUCUUAUUGAAUCGAAUUCAGGAAUUAGAGCAAGAACUUGAUUUUUACAGGAAGACUCACACAGAGCUCAGUGAAACACUGGAACAGCCACAGGAUGAGGCUGGACGAGCUGAGACACUAGAGAACGUGGACCUCUGUGACUGUAAAAUAUCAACUCUGUGCCUGGAGCUACAGGAGCUGAAGGAAAUGACUCUGCUAACGUCCCAGUCAACAUCACUGGAGUCGGCACCUCCCGCAGCCACCACACCAAACCCGGAACAAAGAAUGCUGGAGAAGAGAGCAAAAGUCAUUGCCGAACUGUUGCAGACGGAACAGGAUUAUAUCCGGGAUCUUGAAAUGUGUGUCCAGAAGGUCCUGGUGCCGUUACAGGAGGCACAGAUGCCACAUGUAGAUUGUGAACUGCUGUUUGGGAACAUCUGUGGGGUAAUUGCUUUCUCAAAGAAGUUGUUGAGCUCCCUGGAAGCCGCAGAUGCUAUUGGGCCAGUCUUCUUGAAGCUACGGGCUGAGCUGGAGGCUGUAUAUAAGGUAUAUUGCCAGAACCAUGAUGAAGCUAUUGCACUUCUAGAGGCCUAUGAAAAGGAUGAAAGGGUACAGAGGCUUCUGCUGGAAUCUCUGGAGAUCCUCAGGAGUCUGUACACUGAAUGGGGUUGCACCAACUAUAUUGACCUGGGCUCCUUCCUGAUCAAGCCUGUUCAGCGUGUGAUGCGCUAUCCAUUGCUCCUGAUGGAACUCCUGAGUGCUACUCCCGAGUCGCACCCUGAUCGUGCUCCUUUGGCAGCUGCUGUCUUAGCUGUCAAGGAGAUCAAUGGUAACCUCAACGAGUACAAGCGCCGGAAAGAUCUAGUGUUGAAGUACAGGAAGACUGAUGAUGACAGCCUGAUUGAGAAGAUCUCCAAACUUAAUUUCCACUCUAUAAUCAAGAAAUCCAAUCGGGUCAGCAGUCACCUGAAACAUCUCACAGGUUUUGCUCCCCAGCUCAAAGAUGAGGCUUUUGAGGAGACUGAAAAGAAUUUCAGGAUGCAGCAGCGUCUGAUUAAAUCUUUUAUCCGGGAUCUUUCCCUUUACCUUCAACAUGUCCGGGAAUCAGCUAGUGUUAAAGUGACAGCAGCACUGAGCAUGUGGGAAUUGUGCAUGGAGAAGGGUAGUGCCGAGUUGGAGCAGUUCCAGAAGAUUCAUGGUUUCAUCAGUGAUCAGCUGUUCUCUGAUUUUAAGAAGCGCACUGAGCGCCUGGUGAUUACCCCUCUGAAUCAGCUGCUGAAUAUGUUUGCUGGGCCUCACAAACUGGUGCAGAAACGCUUUGAUAAGCUCCUGGAUUUCCACACGUGCACAGAGCGGGCCGAGAGGUUGAAGGACAAACGGACCUUGGAAGAAUUACAGUCAGCACGCAACAAUUACGAGGCCUUGAACACCCAGCUGCUGGAUGAACUGCCCAAAUUUCAGUGCUGUGCCAAGGAGCUUUUCACUAGCUGCCUACGCAGCUAUGCUGAGGCUCACUGUGACUUUGUACGCCUGGCACUGCAGGAGCUGCAGCCUUUGUUCUCACUGCUGCAAGUGGUUGGCAGGGAAGGGAAUCUUAUUGCCAUCUUCCAAGAAGAGCAUAGUAGAGUCCUCCAGCAACUGCAAGUCUUCACCUUCUUUCCGGAGAGCAUUGCUACUACCACUAAAAAGCCCUUUGAAAGAAAAAGCCUGGAGCGCCAGUCAGUGCGAAAACAACCUCUUCUGGGCAUGCCCAGUUACAUGCUACAGUCAGAUGAACUGCGAGCAGCCCUCCUGGCCCGCUAUCCUCCUGAGAAGCUGUUUCAGGCUGAGCGUAACUUCAAUGCAGCUCAAGAGCUGGAUGUGUCAUUAUUGGAGGGGGAUCUUGUGGGUGUUCUCAAGAAAAAGGAUCCGAUGGGCAGCCAGAACCGUUGGCUUAUUGACAAUGGAGUAACGAAGGGCUUUGUGUACAGCUCCUUUCUGAAACCUUACAAUCCACGCUGUAGCCACUCGGAUGUCUCUCUGGGCAGUGUUUCAUCUGGUGAAUCUGAACUCAGCGGUUCUUCCUCAUCCCAUGGAAUCAGUACACCAAACAGUACUUUGACCAUCGCAUCUGUUAACAGCCCCCAGAAGCCUCCACAGGACUCUGGCAUCCCAGGCAACCCGAUUAAUUCUGUUCAGACUCUCUCAGAGGUGGAUGCUGUUUGCCAGCUCCAGCUGGGUCCUGCUAUGGAAUCUGCACAGCCGUCCCGCUAUCCUCCAUCAUCUCGGCGACACAGUAAUCCAGAUGCACGAAAUGGGCACCAAGCCCGGUACAAGGCAAAGCCAACCCCAUCAGUGGACAACUUAAGGCUGAAGAGCAGUGAGUGCAUGGGAAGUCAGAUUUAUUAUGCCCUUUAUACCUUUAAGGGACGCAAUUCAAAUGAACUGAGUGUAACAGCCAAUCAAAGACUAAAGAUUCUACAAUUUGAAGACAUAACUGGCAACCAGGAAUGGUGGCUUGCAGAGGCACAUGGGAAACGGGGCUAUGUACCAUCCAGUUACAUUCGCAAGACUGAAUACACGUGAGAUGCUGGAGUAAGAGAGGUCAAAAACUGAUGCCUUUAUAACUACACGCAAGGCCAUACUCUUGCACCCACACCAUUCCUCUGAAAGUUUGGAUUUCAGUAUAUUUAUGUGGGGAGUUGGAUGCAAUGCUCUUGCUGUGCAGCCUGAGACAGCCCUGUCUUCUGUGAACAGUGCUGUGUGGAGCUCAUAUUUCCAUUUGAGGUAGACAUUCAGUCCAUUAACUGGAUUGUAAACUAGAUGGAAAUCAUGCAGCCGAGAGAUACCUGGCUAUUAGUGCAAAAGCAUGAAAAGGGAGGCAGUUAAGAUAAAAUGACUCAGAUUGUUGGGGGCAAUAUACCUGUAAACCGCUUAGAGAGAGCUGUAAAGCACUGUGAAGUGGUAUAUAAAUCUAAGUGCUAUUGCUAUUAGUCCAGUAUUUCAGAAAAGUCACCAAAGGAGUAUUAGGUAUGUUUGCUGCCUUGAAUUAUUUAUAAAAAUAAUAAAGGCAAGAUAUAAAGAAACAAACAAAUGAAAUCGCCUCUUGAGGCCCAAUCUUACUGUUGUCGAUAUUAGCUGAUAGUAGCUGAUAUUCAAAGGUAUAGCUGAAUCUACUAAUAGUUAUGGCAAACAGCUGUUAGUAUUUCUGCCCUUUUAUCUUCAGCCCUGUAAGGAGUGAGCCAAAGAGCAGGGCAAGAGUUCAGAGAAGUUGCUGAGUGUUACCACCAAGAAGCAAGUACUCCAUGUGUCCUUUCCCUGUCUCAGUAUUAGUUAACAUAGUUUGCUGUUGGGCAAAAUAAUUCUUUGGUUCAACUUUAGGCAGGUUUGGUGCUCAUCUUGCAUGCUGCAGCAUCUGUGACAGGGCAAGGCUGCAAUUCUUUUGUCCCUGACUCAGGUCAGAGCUGGAGGGGGAGAACAUUUAUGUUCUGGGGGAAACAGCAGAAUGUAAAAACCGUGUUUUGCCUCCUGAGUAACUUGCUUGAG